UGAAAAUCAAGCAUUAACGGUCUUUUAGGGCGAAAGAGGCGCCGCCAUUAUCAUCUGAAAAGUGAGGUACCGAGGAAUGGACCCACAGGCUGCCUUUGCUGACGCUGUUGCUAGAGCUAGACAGAUCGCCGCUAAAAUCAAUCAACCAGGACAGCCGGGUUCAGGGGAUGGUAUAGGAUCAGGUAAAAGACCAUUAGACGCUGAUCCAAUCAAUUUUGACGAACCAGAAGCAAAAAGGAGCCCAUUUCUACAAGAUCCUGCAGGCAGCUACUCAGGACUUAAUCAACCAAGAAACACAGAAGCAGCGGCGGCAGCAGCCCAAGCAGCAGCUAGAAUCAACCAGCAGUUAGGUGUGUCAUCCCCAGGGGGAGGAGGAAACAUGCAGUCAGGUGGUGGAGAUCAGAUGGGCCUGGGAAUGGUCAUCACUGAGGAAUUUAAGGUGCCGGACAGGAUGGUCGGAUUGAUCAUCGGCAAAGGUGGGGAGCAGAUCACAAGACUCCAGGCGGAGACAAGCUGUAAAAUACAGAUUGCCCCAGACAGUGCUGGCAUGCCUGAUCGGUCAACAACACUCACCGGCACUCCACAGUCUAUUGGCAAGGUGAAGGAUGAAAUCAACAAGAUCAUCCAGCGUGCUCAGGGCACAGAACAGGGUCACUUUGGCAUGGGUGGCGGUGGAGGUGGUGGUGGGGAGAUGUCGGGUAACAUCGAGAUCAUGGUCCCUGGGAACAAGGUCGGCCUUGUGAUUGGCAAGAGCGGUGAAACCAUCAAACAACUACAGGAAAAAUGUGGUGUAAAGAUGGUGAUGAUCCAGGACAGUAACACGCCCUCGGCAUAUGAGAAGCCUCUCCGUAUCUCUGGCGACCAGAUGAAGUGUCAGCGGGCCAAGGAGAUGGUUAUGGAGCUCUUGGCCUCCAAGGACGAUAACAUGGAUGGUGGCUAUUCCAACGGAGGAGGUAUGGGAGGAUUCGGUCGGGGUGGUAUCGACAUUCCGGUUCCCCGUGCCGCAGUGGGCAUCGUGAUUGGCAAGGGUGGAGAGAUGAUUAAGAAGAUACAGCAAGAGACAGGUGCCAAGGUCCAAUUUAAACAGGACGAUGGUCAGUCUGAGGACCGGCUUUGUUCUAUAUCUGGCCCUCCAGACAAGGUGCAAGCUGCCCAGUCCAUGAUCCAGGACCUGCUCAAUAACUCUAAUCAGUAUGGUGACGGUAUGGGCCGAGGUGGUGGAUUCAGAGGGGGUCGUGGUGGGGGCCGUGGUGGAUUCAACCAAGGUCCGGGCAGGGGCAUGGGAGGUUAUAAUGACGGGUUCCAAGACCAGACCAGCUUUGCUGUCCCUGCUGACAAGUGUGGCCUUGUUAUUGGCAAAGGUGGGGAGACUAUUAAGAACAUCAACAGCACAUCCGGAGCCCAUGUAGAGCUCCAGAGAAACCCAGGACCCAACCCGAACGAGAAGAACUUCAACAUCCGUGGGGAGCCUAGUCAGAUCCAACAUGCCAUACAGAUGAUCUGUGAAAAAGCUGGUCUGCCCUAUGACGGUCCUGGUGGUGACUUUGACAAUAUGAUGGACGAAAAUGAUGAUGGUCCAGGCGGUGACAUGUUCCAGGGAGGGCCAGGUGGUCCUGGCGGUCCUGGUGGGCCAGGAGGUCCACCCCCAGGAGGGCCGGGAGGACCAUAUGGUGGUCCCGGACCCCAGGGCCCCGGAUAUGAUCAAUAUGGCAACCCACAGGGAGGGCCAGGGCCUAACCAGUCUGGUUAUGGUGGAGCUCCACAGGGCUGGGGCGGUAACUACAACCAGCAGUUCCCCGGACAGGGUCAACAGCAAGGGGCACCAGGAGCAGGAGAUCCAAGCAAGGGUCAAGAUCCAAAUGCUGCAGCUUGGGCAGCCUACUAUGCCCAAUACUAUGCGCAGUACGGACAGCAGGGGGCAGCAGCUGGAGGAUUCGGUCAACAGCCCCAGCAGCCUCAACAACCAAUGCAGCAGUCCACUCCUCAACCCAGUGCAGCCAUCAAUCCCCAGACAGGUCAGCCCGACUACUCCCAGGCAUGGGCCGAGUACUACAGACAACAGGGCAUGUACCAGCAGGCCAACGCUAUCCUUGCCCAGCAUCAGCAACAACAAGGGGGUGGUAGUGCCGCUCCCGGUGGCCAGGGAGGACAACCUCAACAGUAGGACACCAGCAGUCAGCACACAGUUCUCUCCCUUGAUCUUCAGAGGUUUAUGAUGUUUUGAUGAAGAAUUGCUGUGUCACGCUCAUGUAUGUAUAUUGACAUCGCUAUGCUGUUUACGGUACAAGACAAAAAGUACAUUUGGAGUUGAUAAUGCACUUAUCAACCCUUAGUGUCAUCAUCAUCAUCAUUGAUCAUUCCAUCUUAGCUUUUAUCUUGCUUUCUAAACUUCGUUCCUGAUAUAUGUAUUUGAGUGUCCCUGAUGUGAAUAAUUUUCCUAUUACCGCACAAAACUAUCAUUCUAUUGGUCUAUGGCAUAAUUGAACAAAGUUGUUUACUUAAUUGAGUAUUUUAUGAAAGACUUGUGUUCAGAUGUUGAAUACUUUGAUCUGCUCAAGAUUAUUAAAGAUGUAUUUGACCUUUAAAAAUGUGUGCCAAUCUCUAGAUUUUGCAUUAAUUUGAACAUUCCAUCAGUGUUAUAACUAAUCUCUUGACAUAAAUUUUAAUGCUAGGUUUUGACUUUGAAAUGCUUUUGUACAAGUAUAUGACACAUAUAGACUCAACUUGCUUUCAUAGCAUUUUAUCACUAUAUAUAACAACUACUCCAUGCAUCGUUAGAUUCUAAGUGUGUGUUAAUAUUGUCUGUUUUGUAUAUUCCACGUAUUAUGCUAUUUUUGUGUAGAUAAUAUUGAUUGGAGUUCUUAUAGUAACCUCAUGUAUGAAAAAAAUGACAUAAUUGUUAAAAAAAUCUUAUCGUAUUCAUGUUGUUAACAUUUUAAAAUGUUUUCUUUUGUUGAAGAGAUUACGAAAUUACAUAUUUUUCAUUAGUACUGAACAGUAGUCAUUUAAGUAUAUAGCAAUACGCUGUCAACAGUUCAAAAAGUGUAACUCUCUGUAAAUUGUUGUAUAUCAUAACUGUACUAGAACUCAUUCUGCUUAUACAUGUACUGCAACUUUGAAACAUUAUCAGAAAAUAAUCUUUAACAUGGAACUUAGUCUGUGUGUCUGGGUUUGAUAUUACUGCUGUGUAGUUGAUGUUUUGCUCUCAUGGUCUUGGCUGGGAGGUUAGUUUGUGAAAUGGUAUUAUAUUGGUUUUUAAAUCAAGACUAUUUCCUCUGAGGGGGUGUCAGCAGAACUGUUAUGAGCCCUUCUAGCUAGAAGUAGGUGCCAUAAUCUUGUGGGUUAUCUGCUCUGUUGCUGAAAGAAGCCCGUCUUGGUGUAAAAAGUUGUACUCACAAAAAUAUUUGUAUCAUUCUAUCCCCUAUUUUCAUCAAGGUGUUUUGUUUUAAAUGUAAUUCUGUAUAAUUAUUCAGGUAAGUAUAGUAUUGACCCCUUUAUUACAAUUCACAUACAUGUAUAAGUAUAUAAUCAUUUGCUAGAGAUUUAACAGAUAUUUUGUAGUCGCGUGUACUAUUAAUUGAUUUUCUCACAAUUUUUCUCUCCAUAUCCAUCGUGCUGGUUUUAGCUGUAUUUUUGAGUAGCCUUUGGGACCUUUUGCGUAUGAUAUAAAAUAUAAAAAAUAUGAAUAUGUUUCAUUAUGCUCCCAUGUGUUUUCUGUGUAUGAUUAUUCUCCAUGUAUUUGAAUUUUCUUGUAUGUACAUGUUUUAAGAUCUCUGGACAAUUGUUUUACUUGAAAAUGUAUUUGGUCAUUUUUUAUCAGGUGAUGUAGCAUUAAUAUUCCCUUGAGUAUAGUUCUUAGAUUAUAAAAAUAGCAUGUGUAACAUUGAAAAUCUUAUUUUGUGCCAUUUCUUAUGCAUUGCAAAUUUAUGAUACAUAAUUAUUAUAAUGAGAUAUUUGUCAUUUGGUCCAUAAUCAUUACAAGAAAGAGAUAUUUGCCAGUCAGAUGGCCCAAAAAUGGAUUAGUUUAAGCAAUCCUAUUACAUUAUUAAAACUAAGUGUCCAUUGUUCAUAUUUUUUGUUUCCUUUGUUCGAUUUUGAUAACUUGUUAAUCCUUGGUGUUUUAAUAUUGAAAAGCUAAUGCAGCUUAUAUUUUUGAUCCUAUUUUAUAUUACCAUGUUUUAAUAGUUAUUCUAAGGUACUUGGUGGUGUGUUAAUGAACAUGUUACUCUUUGAAAUGUUAGUAUUGAUUGUAAUUUGAUGACAUGCUAUUUGAAUUUUGAAAUACUCUGAUAUAAUGUUAUGUAUAGGGCAGCAUUAGAAUUAUGAUUUUAUAAAUAUAAAUGUUUCACUUUAUAUGAUCAGAAAUACUUUUAAAUAUUUGCAUAAUGAUACUACAUAACAAUUGUGCUUAUUCUGCUAUGAUAUUUGUAUAUGUUGAAUUUUAUGACCAGAUAAAUAUGAAACUUUGUACAUAAAUUUUCCUUUCAACAUCUUGUGUAUUAAAUCAAAAGAUAAUGUUCAUGCGACUUAUAUGUCAAUACUGGUAUUACUAUAAUUGCAUUUUAAUUGACAACAUUUUGAGACUUGCACAAUGUGAUACAUUGCUCUCAUUGAACUUUUGCCAUUAGUUUCAAAGUAUUUUAAAAACAAUAAGAAUAUAGGGAUGUUAGCUGAAUUUAUGUGCAUAUAACGAACAUUUUGAUGAUAUAUUUUCUUUGUUUUUAAGCUGUCAACAGUCGUUUUGAAAUUUGUAAUAUUCAGAUUUUAGUUUGAAAUAAGUAAACUAGUCAAAUUGUAUGUUGUUUUUAUAAUAAUAAGUAGUAGUUAGGUGAAACAUCAUUUUCUUCAUACACCGAGUCACAAGUUUUUCCCUAUGUUAUUGUUCUUGUGUAUAGGUUGAUAUAGUAAUAUGCCUUUCUAAUGCUGUUUGCCAUGUUCUAUAUAAUGUUUUCUUUUUAUUGAAAUAUUAGUAUUUGUCAUUGCAGUUUUCAAUUUCAUGUCUUUUCUUUAUGAACAAUUUGAUUCUCACUGUUUUAAAGUUUGCUAAUUACACUGUUUAACUAUUCCAUAAGAUGGAUAAUUAUGAUCAUGCUAUAUGUCAAAAGUUAUUAUUUUUAAGUUGCUAAGGAGCUCAGUAAAGAAACUAUUCAUGAAA